AUGGCAGAAUACAACCGCAUCAUCAGUUUUAAAGAACCGAUAUACGAUAAAGUUCUUCCUGGUUACGUGAUAAGAACUGAAAAGGUCAAAAACGAGGGAAGCUGCCGAGUGAAGUGUUAUUUGGAUCCAAACUGUGUAUCCAUCAACGUGGGACCUGAAGUCGAGGGAACAAGAACGUGCGAGUUAAAAAACUUCACUGAUGAAAGCUCUGCGCAAUCUGACUUGGAAGAAAGAAAAGAUCACCUUCACUUUGCUAUUGAGGUACAAUACAUCUUUAAGUAGGUAACCCUUAAAACCCUAAGAUCAAAAUUUGAAUUCUCUUUUUUUGCCCCUGUUCAUUUCCUACAGAAGUAGUGGGGAAACGUUUAUAAAUAAUCAAGCAAAUCCGUCUUGUGUUAUCAUGUCCGUAAUUCUCAUGACCACUCUGUUUUACAAAGCAUUGAUAUUACAAGGAGAAAUUUAAUUCUGACCACUCUUAGGGGUUAAAACGUUAGCUAAAGCAGCUGUGUCACGAAAUUUAUCAAAAUUCAAACAGUGGCAAUUAGGGACCUUAAGCAAGGACGACGACGACGGCGGUGAAAGGCGUCGGUUAAAAAAGAAAAAAUGAAUUUGCGUUCUUUCAAACUUAAUCGCGUCUAUUUGGACCCGCUCAAUAAGACAAAUGCAGGUGACUUUUCCUGGAGUUGAACCCUAAAGGAUUUUAUUCAGGUUCAAAAAGAGGAACGAAAAUUCGUCGUCGUACAUCCACGUCCUCCAUAAAACGUCAAAUAUUACGAGGUUUCACGUCGUAGUCGUGUAGUGGACGUCGAAGAAAUGUACCAAAAAGAGUGAUGCACGUAUGUAUGAUUUUUGAAGCUUAUGUAAUGAAUUCCCAAAGAUUUUCUGAAGUCUAAUUUUUGGCAUUUUACCCCCCAUUUUAACUUAUUUUUCGCAAAAAAAGGAGACCUAAAAUUUCGGAUUCGAAAAUGUGAUGGAAAGAGGAAUCAGAAAAAUUCUCUCUUCUUCUCUCAUCUACAAUUUUUGGGAAGACAAUAUGAAGCCCUGGUAAGUUUCGAAAAGACUCAAGUUGUCCUAGGAUGACCGAACAGAUAUAAAUUUUAUAGCACCGAUUAGAAUGUAUUUCAAGAGGUCUAAAAUUAAAGUACUCUGGAUAGCCUAAAAAACGUGUUCAAUGCAUUGAGGAGAAAACCGUCCCUGGGUGCCCCUGGAUUGCACUUGUAGUCAGUUAUGCGGAAAACUAGUUGACCUAACAGUUACUCAGAGUUCAUUUUUUGUUGUUUGCACCGAUUGAUUCAAUGCUUGGGAGACUUAUUACUUGACACAAAGCUGUGAUUUUGUCAUUCACCAGUAAUUUCACAUAGUACGUAACGAAAGACAGUCACGCACUGUAAACAAAAUGAAGCACUAGACAGCCAUGAUAAUGACACACCCCCUUGAAGGAUGUGCCUAGCGGCUGUCUGAUCAUACCCCCAUAAAUGGGAAGAAAGCAACUCGAUAUAUUGCAAUAUUUAGAUAAACAAGAAGACGCCCGAAGGCGUUUACUCGGGAUGUGUUGGUGUAACUAAGAACUACCCGUUAUGUUGAAUGGCAAUGGAAAGUUGAGCUGCAGUAGGUCAACAACAUAUGUGUGUAGGAGAGACAGAGAUGUUCUGUUAAGGACUAAUACACUGGACGAUGAGUUACACACAAGGGUUCCUUUGCUACUCAAAACGAAACUUAUAUCAAUAUUACCACCAUACAUGUUAACAAUAUGCGGUAGUUCACUAAAAUUUGCAUUCCCUUUACUAAUGUCCUCAAAAAAUACAUUUCCACAUUCAACAAUAGCAUGUAAUGUGUCAUACUUCCAAUAACUACAGGGUUGCAAGGCUGUGCUUUAGGGAAAAUUUCAGGAAGCCCUUCGGUCUUCCAAACAUUUUAGCUGGGACACCCGGGCCUACAAGUUGGUCACCCGAAUUUAUAAAUCAGUGAGCUGUUAGUCAAUUAUUAAAAAUUAAACAAAUUAUAUUUUAAACAAGUCAAGUACAAUCUUGUGAAUUUUUUUUUUCAUGAAAAAUCACAUCUUUAGACGACCUGACUUGCACGUGAUCGGAAGUUGCAGCCAAUAAAAAUCACACAACUUUUCGGGACGGGCACGGGAUACGGGAAAGUUAAAAAAGGCGGCAAUUUUUGACUCCCAAAUAAAUACGAAAGGAAUGCGCAACCGAAUUUAUAACGCUGGCUGACUACGUCAUCCCGCGUAAUAAGUAUUAAGAGCGACGGUCAGAAAAAAUCGACCAAAAUCUUAAUUUCAUGGCAAGAGUUGAAAAAUCAAUUUCUUUCAUUUUUUGUUCAUAGAUAGCUUUUAGGUAGAUAACAAACCUACUGUAUAUUGUUCCUGCCAAAAGCCUUUUAUUUGUGAGAAAAAUUAGAAGAUUGGUGUUCGAUGUCGGAGUCUCAGACUGCCCUAAUUUUUAACCUGAAAUUCGCUAACAUCAACUUUCCUCGCGUUCGCAAACGAAGCCGCGUGGAGAAAUUUGGACACUUUCCAUGAACAGAAAAAUUCUUUUUCUUCCACUAAAAGAUACUUUCAGGGCAAUAGCGAAGCUCGUCGUAUUGAAAUAAUUCACAAAUAAUAAUUCUUCUUCACACUAUUUAAAUCACACAUUUAGACAAUAAUUUAAAACAUACCUUGGAAUUGGCUUGGGUUGUUGAAGGAAAUCAUUGUGAGAUUCAGGAAUUUUCAUGAUAGGCCGGCGGUAAUUGUGUAAACACUUCAAAUUUCGAAACGCACAAAAGUAGAUAUUUACAGCCUAAAGGCUCGUUUUUCGUACUUCGUGUAGGUUUUCCUAUUUCAAAGUUGCUUUUUUCAAUCAAAAAGUGGGGUAAAAAAGUGAAACUGAACGCCACUAGUCGGCGACUCUGCGUGACAAUCUGUUCCGUGACUGCACGUGACAUAACGUACGUUUGAAGAGACGGAGCCGUCAAAGUGACAGUCACGGAAUCACGGUAGUACAACAUUUUUGAUGCCGACAGUAUUUUGAAAAAUCAAAAUUCAAACGCGCCAUUAUUCUGGUACUCACUUUUUAUCGAAAAAUAAGGACUUUAACAAUGGUAAUCCGCUAAGGAUGACGAAACAGGAGGAUAUUUCGUCUUGUCUCUUUACAAUCGAGGAAACUUGGAGCCGUUAAAUAAGCUAUUUCGGUCACGCUUCACUAUACUCUAGCGGACUUCGAUGCUUUCGUUUGGAGGCUGCCUUCAGGAACUCAAGCCAAUUCUCAGGUAUGCUUUAGAUUGAUGUCUAAAUGUUUGAAUAAACGAGCACGGUGAGAACUGGAGCUAUACCACAUGAAGAAUAAUGCCACAAAAAACAACUACUAAAUUAAAGUUUUUGUCACCGUAAAAACCUGUUCUUCGUUUUUGAAUUAUGUUAGUUCAACGAGUCUCGAUAUUGCUUUGAAAGUAUCUUCUAGUGAAAGAAGAAGAGUUGUUCUAUUGAUGAAAAGUGUCCAAAUUUCUCCUUGCGCCUUUAUUUGCGAACGCGAGGAGAGUUGAUAUUAGCAAAUUGCUGGUUGAAAAUGCGCCCAUUUUGAGACUCCUACCACGAAAACUGAUAUUCUUACUUUUCUCGAAAAUAAAAGGCUUUUUGCGAGAACGACUUACAUCAGAUUACUUAUCUACCUAAAAGCAAUUUUUCAAUUCUUGCCACUCGAUGGUCGAUAUUUCCUGACCUGCUCUUAAAUAGACUGACAAUGCCAUCAAAUGAAAUCUGUUAACCAGUUAGAUGAUGUAAGCGGGAGCUGUAGCUAUUUAAUAACUAAAUAAUGACACAAAUAUACCACAUCGGCCUUCAUGUUCGUUUGUUUUGAAUUCAUACCCAGAAUUUUUGUCACCGUAGCCGUUGCCCUGGAGAGAACUUUUUGUGUCAAGUAGGGUUUACAACCAAAGGAUACAGAUGUGUCUGUCGAGAAGGUUUUAAAGGAGAUCAAUGUGAUGAAGGUAAUGAAACACCGAAGUUUCAGUGUACUAAAUCCACCCCUCCUCUCACCCCCUUCUUUUUUUUCUCAAAUUUUGAUGAGGACGAGUAAGCGAAUAUUCAUAGAGACUGCCAAAAAGUGCACCUUGAAAUGAGCUAAGCGAGUUUGAAAGUCACACGUCUAAAGCGAGCUAAAAGUGGUGCCUUUUAACAGACGUUUGUACCAAUCAGUAUGGGACACAAUCCCCCCCCCCCGCAUCGUUACUUUUUAACACUAAUAUCAAUCUGAAACUUUGUGCCGGUGUUCAACUGAACGGCGUUACUCUUGCGGUGCUUACUUGCACUUGCGGUGCUUUGGAAUAGUCUGCCAGCUCGGUUACGGCAAGCAAAAACACUAGAAAGCUUCAAAGCCGGGCUGCGGUAGUCGGGUCAUUUUACUACAAUUAGUUAUAGUUUUUAGAUUAGUAAUGCACGGCUCUCAUGGAAAGCAGGGUUUUAUAUUUUAUAUUUGUAAAUAAGUAAAGUAGUAAUAGAUAAAAUUAGUUGUAAUUUUAAAUUUUAAAUUUUAAUUAAUUAUUAUAGAUAUGCCUGAUGAGACAACCGUGGAUAAAUAAAGUAUUCUUCUUCUUCUUCUUCUUCUUCUUCUAUAAUUUUUCAGUUUUCAGAAACUGUGCUGAGCUUUAUGAAGCUGGUUUUCAAGUAAGCGGUGUUUACAGUAUCGACCCUGACAACACCGGUGCCUUCAAAGUGUACUGUGACCAAACAACAGACGGUGGGGGGUGGACAGUUUUCCAGAAGAGACUGGACGGCUCGGUUGAUUUCUUCCGCGGCUGGGAUGACUACAAACGAGGCUUUGGAGAUCUGAAUGGUGAGUUUUGGCUUGGCCUGGACAAGAUACACCACUUAACAAAAAAUCAUAGCAGGCUUCGAGUGGAUCUCGCAGACUUUGACGAGGAAACUGCCUACGCUAUGUACGACUCGUUUGGUGUCGCCAACGAGCAACAAAAAUAUAGGCUGCAACUUGGACAAUACACUGGUAAGGAUAAGGAUGCGACAAACGAGGGGUUAAUUUAACUCCUUAAAGUGGGGCUAGUUUUUGGGGAGUUAUUUUAACUCCAAAAAGGAGUUUAAAGAACUCUUUUUCAGGAGUUAUCGUGUACCUAAAAUUUUUACUCCACUUUCAGAGUUAAAUUAACUCCAAAAAGAGUAAAACAACCCAUGUAAGGGGUAAAAAUAACCCCAUUUUCGGAUUUAUUCUAACUCCAGACUGGGAGUAAAAAGAACUCUUUUUCAGGAAGUAAAAAUGACCCCAAAUUUGGAGUUAAAUUAGGAGUUAAAGUAAUCCCAAAAAUGGGGUUAUCCUGUACCUAAAAUGUUUACUCCACUCCAUAUAUUUUUGGAGUUAUAAUAACUCCCUAAAAAUUACGGUGUGAAAAACUACCCAGUGGGCAAGCAACGUCAGUAGUAGUUUAAGAACCGAGUCGCCCUAUGUAGGGUCCAAGACAGUCUUGUAUUCCGGAUUCCAGGUACUGGAUUCCAGAUUCCAAUCUGUGGAUUCCGGAUUCCAGAUAUUGGAAUCAAGAUUCCAAUCUAUCGAUUCCGGAUUUCAGGUAUUGGAUUCCAGAUUCCAAUCUGUGGAAUCCGGAUUCCAGGUAGUGAAUUACGGAUUCCAAUCUGUGGAUCCCGGAUUCCAGGUACUGGAUCCCGCAGCAUUUCUUGUCAGUAGAAACGCCGUGGAACUUAGAUUCCGGACUCCUUCUCGGAGGAAAUUGGAUUCUGGAUUACAAUCUUUAGAGACAGUUCGGAUUCCUUGAGAUGAACUCCGGAUCCAAAGCCAUGAGUUCCGGAUUCCACAAGCUAAAUACCCUGCAUUCCGGAAUCCGGAUUACUUACAAGGGUCAAAACGGGGCGAAAUGGAGCAAAGUCACGUUUCUCUCUUUCUCACUUGGUAUCUGGUAUUUUCCUAGGAUAUGACAGUAUUAACGGUUUAUAUCUCGGUUGUAGGGACUGCGGGCGACUCGCUCAACAUACAUCGCAAUAUGAAAUUCUCCACAAAAGACCAAAAGAACAACAAUCAUAGAAAUGACUGUGCCAAUAAAUUCGAGGGAGCUUGGUGGUACGGCAACAGUGAUUGUCACCAUUCCAACCUUAAUGGCCGCUACCUGAAAGGCCCGCACCCCACUCUGGGUAAUGGUGUUAACUGGCGCGACUGA